AUGCUGCAAGAAAGCCAUUGGGGAGACCAAUGUGCCCAGACGUUCCAUUCGGGUCGCUGGAAGGUCAUCACGUCACCCGCCACCGACAAUCAGUCAGCAGGAGUGGUCACCCUCAUAGAUCGAGGCCUCUGCAGCACCGGACAAUUGCUCCACUCAGACCCGGUCCCAGGCCGCCUACUACAUGUCCGACUUCAAAGGCCGGACUGGACACUCGACACCUACAAUGUUUACCAGCGACAAAUCGGCCAAGGUAAGGACACCGCCGAAGAGGUUCGGGCCCUGCGCAGACGAGUGUGGCAGGCCCUCGAGGCCUUGCUAACGAGGGCGCCGCAGAGACACACGGUCCUGGUGGCAGGUGACUUCAAUUGCCCUCUCCGGGAGGGUGCCUGUGCAGGACCCAAGUGUGCCCAGCAGGACACCAAACCCCCAACUGACCAAAGCUCUCUCCUUCGCGCCCUCGAGGACCAUCACAUGAUCCAAGUCAACUCCUGGCAAAGACAUGCCGGGGCGACCUACUACCACGCCAAAGGUCAGGCCCUCAUCGACCAUGUCCUACUGCGAAAGUCGCAGUGUGACCAGAGAGCCAAAACAGCCAAGCCGAUCAAGACAUCCCUUGCGGCAUGGAGACAGGGAAGCUACCAUCUCCCGGUUCUCUGCAGUCUCCCGGUACAUCGCUUUCACAGCCUCAAUAAGCCCAAGCAGCCCAAGAGAGCAUGGAACCAAUGGGACCUCAUAAGCAGCCUCCGCUGCCCGCACUCACCACAAUUGCAGGCUUUCAGACAGGCCGUCGCUGCCGGCCUAUCCGAGGCCGUGGAUGCCCCAGCUAUGAAUGCCCUGUUGUGUAGGUGUGCUUCUCAGGUUUUCCCUCCACAAACCCGCCCACAGCGGCUGGCGGCGUGGCAAACCCAGCCCAUGCAUAUUGGAAUCAAAGGCAUGUGGCAAGCGUAUGCACAGUGGAAGCGCCAAGCCCGGCGAGGGCGAGAAGCCAUCUUCGGGGCGUGGCGCAGCUAUGCGACGUUCCGGCAGGCGCAGCGGGAUUUCAGAAAGGCAGGUAAGCAGGCCCGUAAACAGUGGUUCAGUAAUCGGCUGCAGGACUUGCAACAGGCGGCUGCUAGGAAGGACAUGCGUGCACUCUUCGCGGGUAUGCGCACAAUGGCACCCAAGAAGAAGAGGAGUGAGGUCCAACUCAAGGAUAAAGAAGGGUACCUGCAAUCGGCGGAGGCGCAAAUACAACAGCUCCGCACGCACUACCAGCAGGUCUACAAGCGAGACCCUCAGAAGCCUCCACCAACGGCACAGGCUCUGCUCCGCAUUGAGGUUGUGGAGACCGAAGUUCAGCAGGCCCUGUCUAGCCUGAUCGCCCACAAAGCCACACCACCCCACUUAGCUUCGACCGCGAUGUGGAAGGGCUGCUCGGACCUCCUGGCCCCCUCCCUCACCCAAUGGGCUAACAACCUAAGGGCCGUGCCUGGCUUGUGGAAGGAUGCCUGGUUAGUCUUGAUACCGAAAAAGCUGCGGAUCGUCUCUCCACGCGAUUUAAGACCCAUCGGGUUAACCGAGGCCAGCGGCCGCGCCCUCUCCCACAUUUUACAGCAGCGCUUGCGGCCGUACGUGGAGAGGUAUCUUCAACAGGUCCCCCAAUACGCCUAUCUACGGGAGAAGCACACUGGCGUGGCGAUAGCCCGGGCCCAACACCACAAUCUGUUGGUCCAGCAAGCCUGCGAAUGCAAGUCAAGGACGGUGAUGGACGCUUACGAGAACCGACCGCGGCAGCAGAGGGCAUUCGCCGGAUGCCAACUAUCGCUAGACUUAACAAGCGCGUUCGAUGUUGCGGAUUGGGGGCUGAUCCAGGCUGCACUGGAGGACGCCGACAUUCCCCAUGACCUCCGCGCGUGGGCCUUAUCCUGGUAUGAUGGCAUCACCUAUCACAUCCACCAUCUGGGCCAGCAAGCGCAGGCGGAAGCGUCCAGGGGAUUGCGCCAAGGAUGCAAACUCGCUCCAUUGCUAUGGGCACUCCUCACAGCAUUUAUGCACAAACAGCUUGCAUCGUCUCUGGAUACCCAAUGGCUUGGGCAAGGCACCACCACCUUCGCGGAUGAUUUUCUGCUACAGGACACAGCAGAGAAUUACCAAGCCCUAGAUAGAGCGAGCUUCAGAUUUGCCACGAUCCUGGACUCCUUAGCAGACCACGGUAUGUGCAUCAACGCUAAAAAGUCGGCCUUCCUUAUUCGGUACAGAGGACACUUCGCGAGGAAAUGGCUGAGGCAACAUACGGUCCGUACCCCAGAGGGUGACCACCUUCGUAUCCGCACCCCGCGGUCCAGGCUAUUCGAAUUUCCUGUCAAGGAUCAGCACACCUAUCUUGGGGUGAUACUUAGUUAUCAUUCCGCGCCCAAACAGACAGUUGCUCACCGAAUUCGAGAAGCCAAUGGAACCUGGCAACGACUGAGGCCCAUUCUGUGCUCCCGCAGCUAUUUGUCUGAGCAGGACAGGGUCCGGCUGUGGAGUGCAACGGUCCUCCCCACCCUGGUGUACGGAGUCUCAGCCUCAUCACCAGGUACCAAGGAUGUGCAGCAAAUGCAAUACGUCGCCACUCGACACCUACGUGCCAUUGCCCGUUCUUUUGCGCAUAUCAGCAAGGAAUCCACGCUCAAUCUGCUGGCCCGACUGCAGGUGGCACCCAUUCACAAGAGGCUCCUUCACGAAGCCACGGCCCUCUCCCAGACCCUUCUACGCCUGGAACAGGCACAGCACCCAAUGCAGCCAGCAGUUCGGGAUCGGGUACGAGAGACGGCAGCGGCCCUACAAGCGGCUCAGAUCUAUACUGACACGGCAGACCUAGGAGACUUGGGAGUUCACCAUCAUGCAUGCAGAGACUGCGGACAGCAGUUUCGGACCUUCCGCCUCCUCCGAGUUCACGAAGCAGCGUACCAUCAGAAGAAAACCCAAAAGGAGAAUGGACCCACCUUCGACAAGAUGGUGCAUGGGUCGGGCGGCCUACCAAUCUGCUCAUUCUGUAGACAUGACUUCCGCCGUUGGCACAAUCUAUCCCAGCACAUUCGCUGGAACAGGUGCCAUGUCCUGCGUGAAGAUCCGGAACAAAGGCACGCCAAGACUUCAGAGUCCUCAGCAGCAGAGGCCAUCCCCCAAGACAAGCCCCUCCACCAGUGGCCCUCUAUUCGGGAGGCUCUCGAGAGGUAUAGCUGGGAGAGCCUCCUGCUUAACCAGCACGUCCAGGCCUACCUGCGCCACUGUUGCCCGCUCUGCACACAAUGGCAUGCCGAUACCACCAGUCUCAAGCGCCACCUGGCUACCCAGCAUCCCAGCUGGCUCGAGCACCGCGCCGAAGCCAGGAUAUCCAUGGACUUAGACCUGGAGGAGUCGCACUUCUUCAACCGGUUCUCCCAGAAGCGGAGCUCAGACCCGAAGGAGGAAGACGACAGACAGAAGAGCCAGCGCACAGCGGGAACGGAGAGCAGCCGGGGGAAGGGCAAAGGCAAAAGUCAGGGCAAGACGGGGCACAAGGGCAAAGGAAAGGGCAAAGGAAAAAGCAAGCAAAGUCCGAUGAGCCCCUGGACCAACAACCACAGCUGGGAGGACUACACAGGUGGUUCAGAGCCACCCAUGGCACCGUGGACCAGCGACAGCUCGAGCCAAUGGGCGGGCGAAAAGACCCAGGACCACCUCCACAAGCUCACACAGGUGGUGCUCCGUCAGGAGCGAACGAUUGCAUCCCUUCGCCAGGACCUGGUCAUGACGGCAGAAGUUUGGAGGGAGAUGAAGGAGCAGGAGCCCCACAAGCUCACGUACUCCCUCAAGAUUGCGAUGUUCAAAAAGCUUCUUCUGACGCUGCACGAAAGGCUGGAGGCUACGGCGGCGAAUCAGGAGGCCCUACAGGAGGCCAAAAAGUUGGGGUGGCUGGACGAGCACGGCCACUGGAGGGUGCUCCGCUGGAGUCACGAGACUCAGAAGCUCGAAGCGGUGGAGACAGCGCCCUCCAAGUCCACGCAGGACCUCCUGCAACAGCUGGUGGACAUCCGGAAGAAUGUCACGGAGGACAACCUGCAUCAUUUCAAGAGCGUUCGGAAGCUGGUGCCCCAGCCCACGGCACAGUGGAUACAAUUCCAGAUCGAAGUGUCACUACGGCCGACGGGAACCCCGAUCUGGACGAUCCCACAGGAAUGGGUGGGACAGGCUGCAUGGCACACCAUCGGAUGCAGAUUGCGCAAGGACAGACCCCACUACGACAAUACGAUAGAGGAGCUCUACCAGCUGAACCGAUGGCACAUGCAUCAACAGCAUGAUGCGGCAGAGUUCAUCCACUACCUGUUACCGAGGAUCGUGCCGGGGCCAGAAAUGGGAGCAUGGCAGGCCAGGGAACUCAGAGAUCACAGCAUCCGUGUUCUUGACAGUGGCGACUUGCGCAGCCCGAUCCCUCUCGCUACCAACGAGGGGGAUCACUGCCACCUCCAAUGGAGCGUCGACCAGUGGCGCGCACAAGCAGCAAUCCGAGGUCUCUUGCACCCGCCGCCACCCAUCCUGAUACUGCAAGUGCUAAGGUUUGCCAAUCCGGACGGCCGAUUAACGCGAGACAUCCGACCUCUUCGAGGCCAUUACGGCCCCAUUCAUGUCCCCAUGUUCCGCGGACCGGGUCUGGAAGUUGCGCUCCUUUCCUACCAACCAGCUGCCUACCAGGCUCACUUUGGCGAGCGCCCGGACGGGGGACACUACCGGGCGGUGCUGAAAGGACAAAAAGAGUUCGGAGAUACCCGCUCUUGGGUCACUGAUGACAACGCUGCAGCCAAACAUGUGCAAAGCACACCGGAUGCCAAUGCUUACAUAGUCUGGCUCUACCUCGUGCCAGGCGCUGACACGUGA